AUGUCAAAUUCAUUCACUUCCGCCUCCUUACCCGCCGUAGCAGGCAUUCUGGGCUCCGCCUGGACAUCAGGUGCCAUCGCCUCGCUUACUUUGGUUGGCAUACCUACUGCACGGGCUAUUCCACAGUCGUCGACACAAAUUUGGCAUGGCCUAUUCCUUCGAGGCAUGGCCUUGUUGCCCAAGGUUGCCAUCGGUACAGCCCUUUCAUAUGUGUACGCUGCGUACAACAACCACGAUCAAAAGAGCAUGAAAGGGUAUCUUGUAGCUGCCGGCUUAGUCGUCUCCAUUGUUCCUUUUACCAUCAUUUUCAUGGGUUCGACGAAUGCGGCUUUGAUCGGUUCGGCUUCGGGUACAUCGCCGCUUAAGCAGGCACAAGCUCUGGAUUUCAUUCGCAAGUGGGGAUACCUGAAUCUCACAAGGAGCGUGUUGCCAUUGACUGCUGCGGCAGUAGGGCUCAGAGCUUUGUUUAAUUAG